GUGGCUCGGACGUUCCGUUGAAGGGAAGUUUGAAUGCUGCGCAAUGCAUGCAGCAGCACCAGCAGCAGAAGCAGCAGCAGAAGCAGCAGCAGAAGCAGCAGCAGCAGCAAGAGUAG